AUGGCUUGGCGAUUAAUUUGUGAUCGUGGACGGCAACUUUGGAGAUAUUUCCAAGACGAACCAGCAGUUUCAAUUGACUACGACGAAGAGAAUCCGAAUUCAUCGGAUAAAAUCUAUCGUGAGUCAGCAUUUAAACAAAAUUACAAACCAGUCUAUGCUGACGCCGAUCAAUAUGAUAAAUUACGAAUUCCAACAUUUCAAGAAGAACUUUCAGCAUCGGUCGUCAAAAGUAUUCUAAAUGCUGUUAACUACUAUUCUGCAUUACAAGUCGAAGACGGACAUUGGGCUGGCGAUUACGGUGGUCCCAUGUUUUUAUUACCCGGUGCUGUUAUUACAUCGUACGUAACUAACUUUCAAUUUACUGAAGAACAAAAAUAUCAGUUGAUUCGAUACUUGUUUAACCAUCAGUUGCCGAACGGUGGUUGGGGAACACACAUUGAAAACAGAUCGACUAUGUUUGGAACAGUUUUGAAUUAUAUAUCGUUAAGAUUAUUAGGUGUGCCAUUUACUAACGAACGUUUACAGAAAGCGCAUCAUUUUAUUCAAUCGGAAGGCGGUGCAAUGUAUGCACCGAGCUGGGCAAAGUUUUGGCUAUGUGUUCUCGGUGUAAUGCCAUGGGAAGGUGUGAACUCUCUAUUUCCUGAAUUGUGGUUAUUGCCUGAAUGGCUACCCGUCCAUCCAUCUCGGUAUUGGUGUCAUUGUCGAAUGGUUUAUGUACCAAUGAGUUAUGUUUAUGCCGAAAAAAUCGUUGGAGAAAUCACUCCGUUAGUGAGAGAAUUACGAAAAGAAUUGUAUGUGGAAAAAUACGAAAGUAUCGACUUUACUAAGCAUCGAAAUUCGAUUAGUGCAUUGGAUUUGUAUUAUCCUCAAACAGUGCUGUUAAAGAUCUUGAAUUUCUGUACGAAUACAUAUGAAACCGUGCAUAUUCGUCAGUUACGCGACAAGGCACGCGAAUUUCUUAUCAGUUACAUUGAAGCCGAAGAUGAACACACAAACUAUGUCAAUAUCGGUCCAGUGAACAAAUUCAUUAACAUGUUGUCCAUCUGGUACGCAAAGGGACGAGACAGUAAACAAUUUCAUCAACAUCUGGCUCGUGUUGACGACUAUCUCUGGUUGAGUGAAGACGGAAUGAAAAUUCAAGGCUACAACGGCUCACAAUUAUGGGACACCGCCUUUUCUAUCCAAGCUAUCUUAGAAACGGGCUUAGGUCAUUUAUAUAAUAAAUGUCUCAGUUCCGCUUAUUACUAUUUGGAUAUUAGUCAAGUGUUAGAAGAUGUCAAAGAUCAUGUGAAAUUCUAUCGUCAUAUAUCGAAAGGUGGUUGGCCAUUUUCAACUCGUGAUCACGGCUGGCCUAUCACAGAUUGCACAGCUGAAGGUAUUAAAGCGACGCUAUUAUUGCACGAGCAAAUGUCAAUUAGUCCACAUCGAAUUUCAUCGGAUCGAUUAGAAGAUGCAGUGAAUUUUCUUUUAAGUAUACAAAAUAAAGAUGGUGGAUGGGCAACAUAUGAACUGCAACGUUCAACUGCUUGGAUAGAAUUAUUAAAUCCAGCGGAAGUUUUUCAAGGAAUUAUGGUGGAUUAUUCGUACACGGAAUGUACAUCUGCUUGUGUUCAAGCACUUUGGAAGUUUCGUGAACAAAGUUAUUUCGCCAACCAUCGACGAAAAGAAAUCGAUGGCGCUAUUCAACGUGGAAUCGAAUUCAUCAAAGGCAAACAACGGCCAGAUGGUAGUUGGUAUGGCAGUUGGGCGGUAUGUUUCACUUACGGAACAUGGUUUGCUAUCGAAGCUUUAAUUACUGUUGGAGAAUCUCCAAAAUCGAAAUCUAUUCAAAGUGCGGUGCAAUUUCUACUUUCAAAGCAGAAUGCCGACGGUGGUUGGGGUGAAUCCUAUUUAAGUUGCGUACAUAAAACAUAUGUCCCGCAUAAACAUUCGCAGGUAGUGAAUACGGCAUGGGCAGUUCUAUCGUUAAUAUUGGCUAAAGCUGAUGCCAGUGCUAUUCGUCGCGGUGUACAAUUUCUCCUGAAAAAACAAUGCGCGAAUGGAGAUUGGAAUCAAGAAGCAAUCAGCGGUGUCUUCAAUGGCAACUGUAUGAUUAGUUAUACGAACUAUCGAAAUAUUUUUCCAAUUUGGGCAUUGGGUAGAUAUAUAAAAUAUGAAUGUAAUCAUUCAUAA